UCCCCGGAAUGUUGGAUUUAGAUCAGGGGCAGACGCAGGAUGGUCCAAAGCAGCCAGGUUAUCCUCUGGAAGAGGUCCUCUCCGCUGUGAACUGCAGUGUCAUCCUGCUGAAAAACCUGGUCAGUACCACACAAACCAGGGACGUCCCCUGUUGCAUCACCACAUAGAUAUGAAAUAUUGUAGAAAAAGAAGAAAAAUCAUGUAACAAUGAUUGAUAUUCAUAGUUUUGGUUUUAAAAUUGAUCCAGUAUAUAUUUCUGAAUGAAAUAAAUAACUUGUGUCUGCUUUGCGUUGUGUUGUGUAAUGACAACACAAAGCAUCGUCGUGUGAAAACAAUGACAUGAAUUGAAAGUCCAAACAAGUGUUUGUGAACCAACGAAGCAGCGACGUGUAUCUGCUGCUGUCUGCUCUCCUUUUGCAGCCAGCUCAAGUAUCCAUGAAGACUUGCUGGCACCGGUCGCAGCUUUCUUGGCCCCGCUCAACACUCUCAUGGAUGUUAGCAGGUCAUUCUGUCCGCGCUUUGGCAUUUUCAUCACAUUAUUCAAAGGAUUCCAUGAAAGCAUGCAUGCAAAACGAUUGUUCACGCCUACUCAUGGGAGCAAAAGCAGGAGCCCCAUUUGGAACUCUCAGAUGAGUUUGUCCCACUUUACGAUGCUGUGCUCUAAAUUUGCCUCUCCAGCUGCCCCCCCAGCACCCCAACCAGCAACAGCAGCCUCAGAUUCCCUGCAACCCCCCCCCCCACCAAACCAAUACACUCACACAUCCCUGACUGCGUCUUUGUGUGUAAGUCAGCCAGCUUAUCGUGGAGGAGCCCACCAAGCCAUGACUUCCACAGGCUUCCACAGGGUCACGCAGUAGCACCUCACUCAUGGGAUCAUUGCCACUUCCUGUUCCUGGAUCAAUACAGACUUUUAAUCCUCUGGGAGGAAACGUGACGAGUCCAAAUCAAGCCCACUUCCUGCCUCCUGGAACGCCUGAAACAUGGCCCACAUCCAGAGGGUGCAGAAGAAGACCAGCUCUGUGUCUCUGACCAUCGCUUCAUCUUCAUCGUCAUCGUCCACCGUCCUCGCGCAAAGACACGCCCGCCUGGUGCAGUCGCCUUGUGUCAGCCCUCAGAGGACUGAGAGUCCCGUCAACAAUCAACAGGCUGGAGGUGGAGUACCGGCAACCUUUGUAAAGUGCCUCCAUGAUGUUUGUGCCCUGAAGGGCCAGCUUGUGGUGUUGGAGUGCAGACUUAGGGGGACCCCUCCCCUGCAGGUCAUGUGGUACCGGGAGGACGAGCAAAUACUGGACUCUGACGACUUCAGGAUACUACGUAAAAAGGCCAGUUCUGCAUCCGUGCCAGAGGAGCUUUGUACGCUGGUGAUAACUGAGGCCUUUCCAGAAGAUUCGGGCGUAUUUAAAUGCAUCGCCCAUAACUCCACCGGCACCGUCUCGUGCUCAGCCUUGCUGGAAGUUUACAACGACCUGGAGGAGCAGCUGGAGAGCGAGGCCAUUCGCCAACAGGAAGCGGAGUCCCUCCAAGAGGCGAAGGAGGCAGCGUUCGAGGAGCAGAGUGCGCCUCUUCACGCUUGUGAUGACUUUGCCACUUUACUGCCGGACUCGACCAGUCUGCUGAUGCCCGACUGGCCCAGCAGCCCACUGGAUGCCAACUUCACCCGUGAACACGGUGAUGCCAACUUCACCAGUGAAACAGGGUUCCCAGCACCUCAGCUGGCCAACCACACCUCUGAGGAUCACUCGGACCAGAGUCAGGAGGACGAGUUUGCGCCGAGCUUUGAGGGCCAUCGGUCACCAGAGGUGCCAGUCCAUACGCCCAGCCCUUUACCUCCAUCUUCACCAGCACUACCGCCUGCACAAGCCAAAGAAAAAGCCCCCACAAGCAAGCUGUUCACUCCAAGCAAGCUGAGCUUCAACCCCUCCCAGCCAGGAGGCACCAGCAUGAACCUGUCAGACCUGCCGACCUUCACCCCCAGUAACUUCCCUCCCAGCGCCUUCAACUAUGAGCGGCCCAGACAUUUCAUCCAGUCCCAGUCGGCCUUCCAGGCUCCCAGCUACGAAAGCGUGAUGAGGGACGCUCAGGAAAAGCAGAACGAUUCCCAGGAAAACCAGAUGAGUUCCAUGCAUGGAUCACAAGCUGCUGAAGUGCAAAGUCCAACGAGAAUGUCUUCUCAACGCCUCUCCGUGUCCAAGUCCGUGUCUCAGACUCAGUCUCAGUUUCAGUCAGUCCACCUUAGUCAUCAUCAAACGGCGUCCAACGGGGCGGGCAAGUCCUCGCCCUCCUCGUCCAGUCUGAGCUCCCCCACUUUGGCUCCCAACUCCUUUGCCGCCUCAUCGUCUUCUCUCCCGUCCUCCUCUUCCCUCCCACGCACGACCAUGCGCUCCACCAUCACCCUCACCCCCAGCGCCCCCAGCGCCCCCAGCGCUUGCGGCCUGGGCAGUGCCACUUUGCCCGCCAAUCAGGACGCCAUGUCGGCCCCCGCUGCCUACCUCUGCUCCGUGCUCCCCUCUCAGUCCUCCUUCUCCCCGUACUCCUCCAAACUCACCCCCAACUCCACCUUUCUCCGGUCUUCCACCUCCCCUUCCCGGUCUCCUCUAGCUCCUUCAAGCCCUCGUCUCCCGAUGAAAGCCGCCUCCUCUCCUUCCUCCCUCCCUCAACAGCCUCCUCCACUGUCUCCUUCCUUCCCUCAUCCCAGCUCCUCUUCGCUCCCACAGCCCAGCCCCCCCAAUAAUCAAAACAGUGGUCCUCCCCCUGGGGUCUCCCUGCCUGCCAACUACAAGGAGACGCCGAACACUCUUCCGAAGCCCAUUCUCAAGAAGACUGUAGCGUCCAGGCCAUCUUCUUCUCGUUCAACAGAUGAAGACAUUCAGGGCUCCAAGGACGCCCUCAUCCAGGAUCUGGAAAAGAAGCUGCGCUCUAAAGAAGCCAGGAGGAGAAGCAGCCAGAAGCUUUCCUACGAGGAGCGUAUGGCUCGGAGGCUGCUGGGUCCAGACAACGCCAACUCUGUGUUUGACCAAGACAGUCUUUCAGACUCACAACUUGACCAGCCAGACUCGCCAGAAGGAAGACACACGGGGGGGCUGUGGGGGAAGCACCACUCUGGGACCGAUGAGCGAGGGAACGAGGGAUCAGCCAUCCAGGAAAAAUGCUACGCCCCUCGCUUCAUGCAGAUCCCUCAAGAUCUCACCGUGGAGGAAGGACGCUUCUGUAGGAUUGACUUCAAGGUUGGGGGACUUCCAACCCCGGAUGUCUGCUGGUACCUGGACGGUAAAGCCAUACGCCCAGACGACUACCACAAGAUGCUGGUGUGUGAGAAAGGGAUGCAUUCCUUCAUCAUCGAGAUUGUCACCGUGCACCAUGCCGGCGUGUACGAGUGUGUGGCCAGGAACCGUGCCGGGGAAAGCAGGUUUACCUUGAGGCUUGAUGUCAUAGCCCAGGAGGCUCUACGCCCGCCCACUUUUGUCCAAAAGAUGUCCAACUCCAGAGCGUCAGAGGGCGACACGGUGAGAUUAGAAUGUAAAGUGGAUGCUUCACCUCCUCCUCAACUCUUCUGGAAAAAAGAUAAAGACAUGCUGCGCAUCGACCCAAACAGAAUGAGUCUCUACCAGGAUGGAUCGGGCCGGCAGUGCUUGUUGAUAGAGCGGCUGACCAAGUCUGAUGCUGGUUGGUACACGCUCUCUGCCAUCAAUGAAGCUGGCAUGUCCACAUGCAAUGCCAGGCUGGAUAUAAGCUGCCGAGCAGGCCCGCCCGUGAAAACUGCACCCCCCGGCUCUAAGUCAUUGAGGCUGCUGUCAUCCGUGAGCCACGUGCCCGCCCUGACAGUGGAGCGCCCCCCACAGCACACCGCCCCCUUGUAUGAGAGCGAGGAGCUGUAGAUCCGAACUCCUCUGCCGUUCUAACAUCUAACAAGCGCCAACCCGGGCCAGACCAGACCAGACCAUUGAUCAUUAGUGCAUGAAGCGCCCGUGCACAUUAGUCUUUACCCCAAGAGACCUUUCUGUUUUUAAACUGAACUCCUGCCAGCAGCGUAGCCUCAGUCGUCUUCCCGUCCAGCUGCUGCCGUUGCUCACCUCGGACCGCGUGCACCGUUUCAGGCUGCAGAGCUCAUGUUGGAUUCGUGCCUGGAAGCCUCUCUGGCCGUCAUGGCGUCUCUCAGCAAAAUGGUGGUGGCGGCGGCGAGGUCAUUUACAUGUAUUUAUAGAUGCGUAGUGACACACGCGGCUCUGGUGCCUUUUUUUAUCCCGGCAGCUCAACAAAAUAUUCAUCUACAGCCCAGGAAUCAUUUCCAUCAUCAAUCAGCUUCGGAAAACAAAACUGCAAAUUGUUGAGAUGAAGAAGGCGAUUUGGAAAGGUGCAGUUUAUUUUCAGGCCUGGUAAGGAUUGAGAGCAUUGGCCCCACCCACAACAUAAACACUCGUCACUAAAAGUUAAGGAUAUUCAACUUUCUUGUUGAACGCCCCUGUAAAGGUAAUAGUCGCCCCAAAGCCCCAAUAUCCAUGACUUUUAGUUAGUAGUGCAUGAAAUACUGCACUUGACGCCCCCUACCGUUCAUCAUGUGUACUUACUGAAACCCCUCAGUCUGGGUUUUGUUCAGCAUACCUUUUGUUUUCAAAGUUAAUUGCUGCUAAUAUAUAUAUGGUGUUAUGUGAAUUAAUAUAUUUAUUUGAAGUUAUGACUCUCAAAAGUUGGAUACCGGUCAGACCCUCCCAUUGAAAAUCUGCGCUUUGCUCAGCGUGCCAAAGGAGGUCUCUUCUGAUAGGAAGCUGCAGGUAGACGUGUUUUCUCUUAAAGCACAGUUUGUUGUGUCUAUGUUCAGCAUAUCAGUGGAUGAAUGAGGAAUAAAGUCAAACAACUUGGCAUUCCAUGGUGGUCUGGUAUCCUAACAGUCUUUCUGCCACUCUUAUCUUCAUUUUAUUACAAAAAGCACACAUAUCAAAACAACCUGGCAGAUGAAACAAGAUCAAGUUAAACGGCGUAGAAACGGCUGCACUGGGUGGUUAUGCUGGUCCAUACGUACAGUAUACUGUGUUUACUGGUACAACGCAACCAACAAUGAAAACUAUUAGAAAAACAUCAAGCGGAACACAAAGGCACAUGAGAAAUGUUCCUCAAGACAACAGUAAUUGUUUUUAAACAUGAUAGAACCUUGUUAAUGUUCCUUUCAAAAUAAUAUGACUGAAUCCUGAUGUAGGUUACAACCAGAGAAAAUCUAACAAUGCAUUGAAUAUCAAUAAAGGAAGUGUCGGGUGACAAAGUAUCUCACUAACCAACAAGAUAACAAAAAGAUAUUUUCAAAACUAUUAGCUAAAUUGUGUCAAGUUAUUGUGCAUGUACAUUAAAAUAAUCCAAAUGUGAAUAUUUUUAAAUGUCCAUUGCUCACCGUCAGAUUUCCACAUCGCUUUCUUUAUCGUUGUCAUGGUCACCGUCAUAAAACUCAUUGGCUGCUUCUGGCCUGUGGGCGUGACACCAGCAUGCAUUACAUAGUGGAAGUAACUUGACAUGGUCAGUCUUUGUUAUGUGCUAUUUUACCCAUGUACAGUAGAGCCCUGCUUUCUGUCAGCAAAAGGGACAAAAAUAGGACCUGCUAGCUUUCUUUCUGAUUUUGGAUCAACAUUUGUUAUAAAAUUUGCAGCCGUACUUAUUAAACUCCAGAACGCUCUCUCUCUCUUUGAUUGCCAUUAUUUACUUCCCUUUAUG